AUGUUCAUGUACUGGUACCUGUACGAAGUCUGCACUGAAGUACAGCUCCUCCUGCGUGUGGACGGAUGGCGGCGGGUGCGGCGGCAGCAAAGGCGGCGGCGAGCGAGCGUGGAGACGGGUGCAAGGGUGGCGGUGACCAAGUGUGGUGACGGCGACGACAGUGGAAGGGUGGCGAUGGACCAGCAGCGAUGGCGGAAGCGAGUGGAUGGCGAUGAAGAGCUGGAAGAGCGACGCGGCGCUGUGACGAUGAUAAGAUGGACGUGGUCGGCGCGUUGCUUGGCAGAGAUGCGGCACGUCAAUGAGCGGGACGUGGAGAAGGAUGCGACUACUAAAGGCAAGAAGGAUGCGUGCGGAGCAGCGUGGCGUUGCUCCAGCCGGAAGUGCAGCAUAUAG